GCUAAAACGUACGUGGCCAAGCUAUCAGUAGCGUAUCCACACAAAGAGGUUGCAGCGGCAGCCAGCCAGCCGUCGAGCGGGUGUCCGGUAGCCGGCGAGCGCGAGGCAUGUGCAACGGGCGGGAGUGCGGGCGCGAGCGCGCGUUCCGCGCCUCCCUGCACGAGCGCGACGCGAGGCCGAGGCCAGGGCCGGAGCCGGCGGCGGCAGCUGCGCCUGCGUGCCGGCACGACGCGAAGACGGAGGAGGGCGAGACGGUGGCGACGUUGCGGGCCAAGGGGGAGGGGCGCGCGCGGACGGCCGGGGAGGAGCGCAAUCAGGAGUGGAGGCAGAGGCCUCGGCUUCGGGAGGCGGAGAUUGAGAGGACGGAGAAACUGAUGCACCUGCUCCUUUGGGGACCCAACUGACCGUCGCAGUCGCACAGUCGCACUGAACCCCGAUCUGGUCGUCUGGAGGGGGUCGUGGCUUUUCGCGUCGCGUGCGUGCCUUGGUGAAUUAUACGACGCAGGAACAGCCUUGUUUGGCAGUUUCAACACGACGCAGCCUGUUCAUUUGUUUGAGACUUUGACUUGGUCAUACAUCAUCAUGUCGAAAAGUACAGUAAGUUCAAUGCCCAGGUGUAGUACUGGUGAUCGUAAACACAGGCAGAUUAAAGAACUUUACUGCACGGCGCGAUGCCAUCCCGCUGUCGAGUUUUCCAGGGCAAUCUGGUUCUGGACAUCAAGCUGCACCAUCUGGUUCUAGUCAUCAGGCUGGCUCCAAAAAGACCCUCUAAAGGGUCCGGUACCCUAAAUUUAGAGGACGUCCUCUACUCCCUCCGGCAACGUUCUCUAAACGGUUCUCUAAAUUUAGAGAACGCUGCUGGAUCCUCUAUAUGUAGAGUUUCUCUAAACGGUUCUCUAUCUAUUUGAAUACUUUAAA